UCGCACGAGGCGGCGUCGGUCGCGCGCCAGCGCAAGCGGGUGCGGUUUAUAUUAGCGAUCCGUGCCCUUCAAAUGACACUACUUCGUUAGUAACCGCCACGGACGGAACUCAACUCUCUUACGUGUUGCUAUCAAGAAAACAACAUGAGCAAAAUCGGAAUUAACGGAUUUGGCCGCAUCGGCCGUCUGGUACUGAGGGCUUCCUUGGAACGUGGUGGCCAGGUCGUCGCCAUCAAUGAUCCUUUCAUCGGUCUCGAUUACAUGGUCUACAUGUUCAAGUAUGACUCCACCCACGGCAAGUUCAAGGGAGAAGUCAAGGCCGAAGAUAACUACCUCGUUGUCAACGGAAAUAAGAUUGCCGUUUUCAGCGAACGCGAACCGAAGGCGAUUCCUUGGGCGAAGGUCGGUGCCGAUUAUGUCGUCGAGUCCACUGGCGUGUUCACGACCAUCGAGAAAGCAUCUGCUCACUUGGAAGGCGGUGCCAAGAAGGUUAUCAUCUCUGCUCCCUCUGCUGAUGCACCAAUGUUCGUUGUCGGUGUAAACUUGGAAGCUUACGAUCCGAGCUUCAAGGUAGUCUCUAACGCCUCCUGCACAACUAAUUGCUUAGCGCCCCUUGCCAAAGUGGUUCAUGACAACUUCGAGAUUGUCGAGGGUCUCAUGACGACUGUACAUGCGAUUACAGCUACUCAGAAGACCGUCGAUGGGCCUUCUGGCAAGUUAUGGCGCGAUGGUCGUGGUGCAGCGCAAAACAUUAUUCCCGCUGCAACUGGUGCUGCCAAAGCAGUCGGCAAAGUUAUUCCAGCUCUUAACGGAAAACUUACUGGCAUGGCUUUCCGCGUACCCGUACACAAUGUGUCCGUGGUUGAUUUGACUGUUCGGCUUGCCAAGCCCGCAACAUACGAAGCUAUCAAAGCUAAAGUAAAGGAAGCUUCUGAGGGUCCUCUGAAGGGUAUUUUGGGCUAUACCGAGGACGACGUUGUCUCAUCUGAUUUCAUCGGCGACAACCACUCCAGCAUCUUCGAUGCCAAGGCUGGCAUAUCUCUCAAUGACAACUUUGUAAAGCUGAUCUCGUGGUACGACAAUGAGUUUGGUUAUUCCAGUCGAGUUAUUGAUUUAAUCAAGUUCAUGCAAAGCAAAGACAACUAAACACUUUUCGCAACUCGAUUAUUCAUCCGCAAACUUAUAGUUCCGGUCUCGUCGUAUGGCGAAUUAAUCGCUGUAUGGUGCAUAUCAUUACAAAAAAGCUGCUGUAAAAACACACCGUAUUUAAUCUGCCAUUACUAAUUUGUAGCAGCGAUAUACACGAAAUAAAACAAAGCGUGUAGCACAAUACAUUCUUUCUCACACAGUUGAUAGAGUUGUAGAUAAAGCGGUAUGUUUGUCACUAAUUGGAAUAUAAAACAAGACAAGCUCUAGUGUUCAUCGUAUUUGAAAAUCUAUAUAUCUGAUUAUAUUGUAUCGGAGUUGAUUCAGCUACGAAUCAUAAAUAUAAAUGUGAAUAUUGUCGCAUAAAUAUUAUGUAACAGUAAUUAUAAUCGCGAAAUUUAUGCGUAAAA